CCAGCUCCGGGCCCGGGGGGAGCGCGGCGGGCUUCCCGGCAGCGGCCGGCGGUCAGGAAAUUGCCCUGUCAGGAAAAGCGUGGUUUCUGUAGCCCGCUCGCUGCGCAGCUAAUAUAGUGUUUCAGUUUGGACAAGUUUUAAUAAAGAUGUACAGUGAGAAGCAGAGUCCAGCAAAAUACUAUGUUGGAAUUGAUGUGGGGACAGCAAGUGUUCGAGCAGCUUUGGUAGAUGAACAUGGGACAGUGGUGGCACAUGCAGAUCAGCCAAUCCAGAUUUGGGAGCCCCAACCAGGCCACUACGAGCAAUCCUCUGCAGACAUAUGGGCUGCUUGUUGCUCAGUCACAAAGAAAGUUGUCCGUGGAGUAGAUGCUGGCCAGAUCCGAGGGCUUGGUUUUGAUGCAACGUGUUCCCUUGUUGUUGUGGAUAAACAGUUCCAGCCUUUGGCAGUCAACUGUGAAGGACAGAACUAUAGGAAUAUUAUUAUGUGGAUGGACCAUCGUGCAGCCAGUCAAGUGGAGCGCAUCAAUGCCACACAACACCGGGUUUUGAGCUAUGUAGGGGGAGUGAUGUCUGUGGAAAUGCAGCCACCUAAGUUGCUGUGGCUCAGGGAGAACUUGCAAGAAUCAUGCUGGGAGAAGGCAGCCUACUUCUUUGAUCUUCCAGAUUUCUUAUCUUGGAAAGCCACGGGUGUCACUGCAAGGUCACUCUGUACAGUAGUGUGCAAGUGGACAUACACUUCAGAUGGAGGCUGGGAUGACAGUUUCUGGAAAGUGAUUGGUUUGGAAGAUUUGGUGAAGGAUAAGUAUGAAAAAAUAGGAAACCACGUCUUGUCUCCUGGAGAGCCUGUUGGAAAAGGUCUCAUGCCAGAAGCUGCAAAAGAUCUUGGUCUCCCCGAAGGGAUUGCAGUGGCAGCAUCUCUCAUUGAUGCACAUGCUGGAGGACUAGGAGUAAUUGGAGCAGACGUGAAAGGACAUAACCUGCCAUGUGAGAACCAGCCAAUUACGUCUCGAGUUGCUAUGAUCUGUGGAACAUCUUCAUGCCACAUGGGGGUCAGUGAAACACCCAUUUUUGUGCCUGGUGUUUGGGGACCUUAUUUCUCUGCAAUGGUACCUGGAUUGUGGUUGAAUGAGGGAGGUCAAAGUGCUACAGGAAAACUGAUAGAUCACGUGGUCCGAGGCCAUGUUGCCUUCCCAGAGCUACAGGCAAAAGCUGCAGCCAGUGCUUGCAGUAUAUAUACAUACUUGAACAGUCACCUGGAUCUUAUUAAGAAAUCUUUGCCUGUGGGUUUCCUCACUGUUGAUUUACAUGUUUGGCCAGAUUUCCAUGGUAACAGAUCUCCCUUAACAGAUCUGACACUAAAGGGCAUGGUUGUUGGACUAACAUUGUCUCGGGGUCUGGAUGAACUCGCCCUUAUCUACUUGGCCACAAUUCAAGCCAUUGCUUUAGGAACAAGACAUAUUUUGGAAACUAUGGAGACUUCAGGGCAUCGUAUCAACACGUUGUUCCUGUGUGGUGGGCUGAGCAAGAACCCUCUCUUUGUGCAGAUGCAUGCUGACAUUACUGGCAAGCCUGUUGUCCUGUCCAAAGAAGUGGAGUCAGUUUUGGUGGGUGCUGCUAUUCUUGGAGCUUGUGCUUCUGGGGAUUUUGCAUCUAUACAGGAGGCCAUGGCAAAAAUGGGGAAAAUCGGGAGAGUUGUGCAGCCUGCCCAGGAGCAUAAAAGAUUUUAUGACAAGAAAUACGAAGUGUUUCUGAAACUCGUGGAACACCAGAGAGAGUAUCGUGCCAUCAUGAACGGCUUCUAACCCAGACUCGCGCCAUCUGGGAACAGCA